UUAUGCCUGCUAGACUACAGUUCGUCUCCAGAUUACGCCCUUCUCGAGUCUCAAGCAAACAAAAUCAACCCGAAGCCGGCAGCCACACCUCGCUGUCUGAGCUCCCAAAACCCUCCGGCAAUGGCUGCUGCCGGUGCUGUACAAACCUUCGAAGAAUUCGCGAAGAUCCACGCGCUGCUCCUUGCUGCCUCGGGGAUUCCGCAGUCUCUGCACCGCCAGCUCUUCGAAAAACUAUCCUCUGAGACCUUCGACGGCGGUCGAUUCUUCCAUAUCGAGCCUUGCCAGGACGGCCGGCAGAGGAGGCUGGUCCUCGCCGCUGAUUACGUGGACAAGGAGUCUCAGGUUUUCCUCGUCGACCACGCCUGGACUUUUCGUCUCUCCGAGGCUCACAAACAGCUGCAGGAAGUUCCUGGGUUGGCUCAAAGGAUGGCCUCAUUGAUGUGUGUAGAUCUUGAUUUGACUUCAGAUUCUGAAGAGGUAGAUCAUGUUCCUGAAAACUCGCAUGGGAAAAAUGCUGAAUCUAAUGUUGAGGAAAUGCUGGAGAGUGAACUUCAUAGAGCAAAACAGAGAGGUGAUGAUACCAUAAAGUGGUUGGAGCUUGAGGGACUUGACAUAGAUGAUACCAUGCUGCUGUCUCUCGACUUGCCUAGUAAAUUUCCGAAUUUGCUUGCACUUAGCCUUUGUUGGAACAAACUUGAGAAUCAGGAAAUAGUUGUACAGGAGAUUAUCAAAUUCAAACACCUAAGGGCUCUCUGGCUGAACGAUAAUCCAAUUCUUAAAAAAUGUGAUGCACGAAUGGCAGAUGCAAUUCUCCGAGGAUCUGCUGGAUUGGAAAUCUACAAUUCAUGUUUCACUCAUAAUUGUAGUGUCUGGGCACUGGGAUUUUGUGGUGGUAUAUAUGGAAAGGAUAACCCAGGUGGAACUCAUGAGAGUGUCCGUCCUUUGCAGAGUGUGACCUCUCUUGACCUUUCACAUAGAUGUAUUCACAAUUUAAUCAAUAAGGCAUUUUCACCUGCUGAAAUGCCAUCUCUUUCAUAUUUGAACCUUCGUGGAAACCCAUUGGAUAAGAAUUCAGUGGGUGACUUGUUGAAGCUUCUAAAAGGAUUUGCUUGCUUAGAUGCAGUUGAGGUGGAUAUUCCUGGCCCCCUGGGGGAAAGUGCUGUAGAUAUUCUUGAAUAUCUUCCUAAUCUUUCUCUGCUGAAUGGUGUCAAUGCAUCAAAGAUUUUUGAAACAGGAAAGCAUGUGGUUGAUUCAAUGCUUCAACCACGUCUUCCUGAAUGGACUUCUGAGGAACCUCUAGCUGAUCGUGUUAUCAAUGCGAUGUGGUUAUAUUUGAUGACAUAUAGACUUGCAGAUGAGGAAAAGAUUGAUGAAACCUCUGUAUGGUAUGUGAUGGAUGAAUUAGGCUCAGCUCUGCGACAUAGUGAUGAACAAAAUUUCAGAGUGUCUCCUUUUCUCUAUAUGCCAGAGGGAGAUCUGAAGUCAGCUGUGAGCUUUUCUAUUCUAUGGCCUACCCAGAAUGUUCAAAAGGGUGAUGAGUGCACUCGUGAUUUUCUAUUUGGUAUUGGAGAGGACAAGCAACACUCUGCAAGACUUACAGCUUGGUUCCAUACCCCAGAAAACUACUUUAUCCAAGAAUAUGAGAAGCACUGCCGGAAAUUGCAUUCAAAAAUUUUUGCUCCUCAAUCCUUGAAGUUGUCUCAAGCUACAAGUCCGAUUUGUAGUGCUGGAUGUGCUUUACGUGUUUACACAGAUAUUCCUCAAGUGGAAGAAUUCUUGACACGCCCUGAAUUCGUAAUCAUAAUGGACCCAAAGGAUGCAGAUAUCAUAUGGACAAGCAUGCAAAUAGAUGAGGACAUGAGAAAAGCUGCUGGAAUAACAUAUCAGCAAUAUAUAAACCAAUUUCCUUUUGAGGCUUGUCUUGUCAUGAAACAUCAUUUGGCUGAUACUGUUCAGAAGGCGCAUGGUUCUCCUGAAUGGUUUCAGCCUACGUAUAAUCUUGAAACACAGUUAUCUCAACUCAUUGGUGACUACUGCAUACGCAAAAGGGAUGAUCUUGACAAUCUAUGGAUCUUAAAGCCGUGGAACAUGGCUCGAACCAUUGACACAACCAUCACUGGUGAUUUAUCAGCUAUUAUCCGUGUCAUGGAAACUGGUCCAAAAAUAUGCCAGAAGUAUAUUGAGCACCCUGCCUUGUUCAAAGGGAAGAAAUUUGAUCUCCGUUACAUAGUACUUGUUCGCAGUAUAAAUCCUUUGGAAAUAUUCCUUUGGGAUGUAUUUUGGGUUAGGUUGGCAAAUAACGCAUAUUCAUUGGACAAGUGCAGUUUUUUUGAGUACGAGACUCAUUUUACCGUUAUGAACUAUUGUGGGAGAUUGAAUCACGUGAAUGCACCAGAUUUUGUAAGGGAGUUCGAGCAAGAACAUCAAGUAAAGUGGUUAGAUAUCCACAUGAGAAUCAAGGAUAUGAUCAGAUCAGUAUUUGAGUCCGCUGCACUUGUGCACCCAGAAAUGCAGUGUCCAACAUCCAGGGCGAUGUAUGGUGUGGAUGUCAUGCUUGAUUGCUCGUUCCGGCCAAAAUUAUUAGAGGUGACUUACUGCCCUGACUGUUCAAGAGCAUGCAAGUACGAUACCAACACUGUAUUUGAAGGAGGGGAAAUUGUUAGAGGUUGUCAGUUCUUUAAUCAAGUGUUUGGUUGUCUGUUUUUAAAUGAAACUACUUAUGUGACCCCAUUAUAGUUGAGCAGCGGAGGAAAUUUUGUUGUAAUCUUUUUAGGAGAUCAAACUCAUUGUUCUGUUGUUCCGCAUUUUUGUUUUUUGUUUUGUUUUGUUUUUUUCUGCAUAUGUUUCAUUGUUGGAUUACUUAAAAGAUUAUAACUAUUGUGGACAAAAAAUAUAUGAGAGUUGAUGGCAUUGAAAUCCCUCAAA